CGUCAACAAAAAGUUAGCAGCAUGUGUCAACACGAAUAACCAACGUUAAUUGUAAUUUACAAUUUGUGAAAUCGAUAGCGAAAAACAAAUUGAUUGGUUUAUCGUGCUUUGUACAUCGACUAAAGAUUUGCUACUUGUUGAUGCACAAAAGCCGACCUUAUAUUGAGCAAGAAUGAUGUCCUCAAACAUUUCCAAUAUUAACCCUUAUCAACAAAGUCAAGGGCAAACCCCAGUAGAUCCGAACUCUGUUGUUGGUGGGAUGGUCCCUCUGAACCAGACGAAUUUUCAACAAAAUCAAACUGGAACCAUCGCCGUGACCACUCCUACCCAGCAAGCACAACAACAAGCAAAGGAAAUUAAUGCCAUUACCCUUUGCAGACUUGGUCAAGAAACCGUUCAAGAAGUUAUCAGCAGGAUGCAAGAACUUUUCCAAACCUUAAAAACUGCUCAGCCUCCAGACGGAAAAUAUACUCACAGUCCAACGGGGAUAGACAGAAAACCUAAAUUUCAAGAAACUUUGAGAGGUAUUAAAGCAAUACUUAAAAGACUGAGACUGAUUUAUGAAAAAUUAGAAGAAGCUUUUCCAAGUGAAAAAUUUGUCAACUUUGAAGCUGAAAUUCUCCAAAAAUCGGAACUCGAUUCUCCAGUAUCAACCCCAGAUGACAAAAAGAAUUCAGAAGCAUACAAGUUAGCUAUAGAGGAAUAUCGAGAAAUUGUCGAGCAAGUUAUGGUUCGAAAUCGUCAUCUCAAGGAGACGAUAGAUCAAAGUCGACAAAUAAUUUGGGACGUAAAUACAAUGCUGUCCAUGAGAAAAGAGUGACAUGUUUUUAAGAUAAUUUUAUAUUUCUAUUUGUAUUAUAUAAUCUUAAUCAGCCUUAUGUAAUAAACCUCCCGACGCUAUAUA